GGGAGCAUGGAAAGUGAAUUCGAUGACCCAUUUGAAACAGAUGAAUACCAAGAAGAAGGUUCCUUCUCCUUCACUUCCUCUUUAAGUGGCACUCUUUGUGUUGUGGAUUGUAGUGAUGAGAUGCUUACCAAAGAUAACGAAACUGGUGUUUCCAGAGUGGUUCUAGCUCUCGAAGCUAUCAAAGCCACCUAUUGCAACAAAUUGAUCAGUGGAUCUCUGGACCACAUUGGAGUCUUGCUGUGUGGGACAGACACUAAAACUAACGAUUAUCAGGGUCUUCAUGUCCUGCUACCUCUCGACACCCCAGAUAAAACCUGUGUUGAUAUUCUUCAGAGGACCUCAAACGAGUUUGCAUCAGGGAAGUACCAGUUUGGGCACGGGCAGGUUUACUCUCCGUAUCACCUGCUCUGGACUUGCAGUAGCAUCUACACCAGCUGUGUUAAGAAACUAGGGACCAGGCUCGUCAUGAUCUUCACCAAUGUGUCAGAACCCCACAAUAUCGACACUAAAACCAGACAACUUGCUGCAACCAAAGCACGGGAUAUGUCUGAACUCGGCAUCACUAUCUCUAUAAUUACUCUUCCUUCAGUGGACGGCAGUCAGUUUGAUAUGGACAAGUUUUACUCCGUACUUGUACCUGAUCACGAGGUUACCAACCCAACUAAUGACAUUGAGGACUUGUCUAUGAGAGUGCACCGCAGGGAAAGUAAAGUUAGAAUGACAGCGAAUAUCAACUUUGUUGUUAAUCCGGAACUAACAAUCGGUGUGAAAUGUUGUAAUUUAUUCGGUGAAUCAACAGCGAAGCAUGUUAAUCUGUGCAGUAAGACGAACGAGCCAGUGGUUUGUGUAUCCUCAGUAGUCAGGGAGACUGACCGGUCUGUGCUGCUGCCUCACGAAGUUUACAGAUCUUGCAAACUGGGUGAAGAAACCGUCAUUUUUGGGCAGGAUGAAGUUGAUCAGAUGAAAGUACAGUCAGAUAAAGGUAUUUACCUGAUCGGGUUUAGACCAGCAGGGGAUAUAAAGUUUCACCAUGUUGCUGGUAAAUCUACCUUCAUUCGGCCUUGUGAAACUGUGUUUAACGGGAGCACUGAUUUCUUUGUAGCUCUGCUAAAACGUCUCCAUGCUCGGAAGAUGGUAGGUAUGGUGCACUGUGUGUCUCGUGAGGGUACUCCCGGUUAUAUCGGGGCUCUUCUUCCUCAACUAGAACAGAGGGAUGAAGAUAACGAGCAACUUCGACCUAUGGGAUUCCAUCUUAUACACUUACCUUUUGCUGAUGAUAUCAGAAAACUGGACUAUGAGCCCAGCGUAGAUCCAUCAACUGCACAAGUCGAUGCUGCCAAAUCGUUGGUCCUGAAACUAAAAGCUAAGCAGUUUAGCUCUGACUUAAUAGAAAACCCGCAAGUUCUGCAGUUUAACAAAACUCUUGAAGCCAUAGCACUAGAGAAGGAUGCAAUAGAAGAGACAGAAGACUGCACUAAGCCGAAUAUUGAGAGUAUGAACAAAAGAGCGGCAAAAGAGAUUUCGCAGUUUAAUAACGUUGCCUUUCCGGCUGGUUACACAAUUCCUGAAGACUGUAAGAAACCAGAUUAUAAGCGCGUCAUCGCAUUGGUGCAGAAUAGACAAAGAGAAGGAACACUCUCGAAAGUGACUGUAACUGAUCUGAAGCUGUACUGUAAAGGUGUCCGACUGAAGGUACCCUCUACUGCUAAGAAAGCUGAGGUUGUUGAGGCAAUUAAGAAGUUUUUAGGAUAGUUAAGCCCGGUAACCUUUUCAGCGCUUCAUAGGGUACCUGACUAUGAAUACACAACCUGGUCCCUCCUCCCAAUUCCACUCUGACUUGCCUGAUUUAGCAGCUAGAAAAGGUGGAGUUUGGACCAACACGCAUGCGUUUGAGGAGACGCUUGUAAAUCCUGAUGUAGACCUUGAUGCUCUCGGUAUGGGCAAUUUCAGAGGUAUUUAUGCCACUACAGUGAGACUUGAUAACCUUAUGAAGAACAUUGUCAGAAUAUGCAAACUUAAAACUAGAACAAUUGUAAUCCACGCUGGAAAUCCGGUUACGGUAAGAUUUGAGAUAAAUGGAACUUGGAUCAGUGACGGGGUCGCUCAGACAGAGAAACAAGCUACAGUUGCUUCUAUCAACAAUAGUUUGAUAUAUUUGAUUCGCUGCAAGGGUUUUCAGAUUAUUGCAGCUGAGCAUGUACCGCUAGAUGCUAUCAAGAAGGUUUCUCAACAUAAGCUUUUAUUUGAUACAAACAGCGAAGAUCCAACUGAAGAGUUUGAAGCUGUGCGUUUGAAAGCAGCUGGUCUUCUCCAUGACUUCCUCAUGGAUCCUUUCUUAAUGAAACUUGAGCUUGGUGUCGAGAAUCUGUCUCGCGCUCUCCGUGAGGAUAUACAUAAUUCCGCUAAUGUCUGUAAACUGACACACAAGUCGUUUGGUACUGAAAUUUGGUUUUGGAAGAUCAAUUCAAUAAAACACAAUUUGUUUUAUUUGAAUCUUUUCAAUCUGAACUCUUCA